GCAUUACGCGCAAUUAGUGGGUGCAACUCGGGGAAAUACGCGGAGAAAAUGGGUGCCUCGCAGGAGUCUGAGCUGGACUUUGUUCCGCGUCUGUCCUUCCUCCCUAUCGAAUGGCGUAGCAUAGGGAGUGCCUUCGGGCUUAAAGACAAGUCGGGAGCGGCCGCCAACGGCAGGGCGACAUUCACUGUGAGGCAGGGUGUCGACGCCGCUGAGCUCACGUCGACCGGACGCGUAAUUGAUGGUCAGGCUGAUGUGGGUGCCAGCCUCAAGCUGAACACGCUGGCGAUCGGCGUCAGCGCGUCCAACAUUACCUUCCACUCGGGGCUCGACGACCCGACCGCCGCCGCUGCGCAGCGCAGCAGCCUGAUUCCCUCGCUAAAGCUCACGGCAGCGAAGCAGUUCAAGCGCGACAACUAUAUCGCGGUCAGCUAUGACCUGAAGCACCAGAAGCCGGAGCUGUCGGCGUGCUGGACUGGCGAGGCGGGGGCGGACCGCGCCACCCUGCUGGUGAACGUGGACCCCGUCAUGCGCUCCGUGAAGCUGGCUGCAGCUGUGCGCACGCCGGGCCCCGAGUGGCGCAAGGUGUUGUAUAACGACGAGACGGACCUGCUGGAGUACCCCGCGGACGACGGCGCGCGGCACACGCUGUACGUGCAGCACGAGGUCCGCGGCCGCGACCUGCUUCACGCCACACGCCUGGGCUGCCGGCUGGAUCUGGGGCGCCUGGUCAACUAUGUGGUGGAUUUCGUUGACUACCGGAUCGAGGAGAACAUCCCCAGCUUCGUGUGGAACGUGCCGCUGCUGCCGCAGCUGUACAGCCUGUUGGUGCCCGCGGACAACGACGAGCAGGUGCGCCACCGCAUCACCGGCUGGGAGCUGGACGUGUCCCACGACUUCGCGCGCUCGGGCCUGCUGCCGGUGGUGGCGAUCAGCAAGACCAGCAAGAAGCUGCUGGGCGGCGGCACCCUGACCGCGUCCUACGACGCCGCCGCACGCGAGGCCGGCGUCAGCCUCAGUCGGAAGGGCGUGUCGGUCGGCGCGCGUGUAGCGCGGGCGGAGGGCGCCGCCGGCGGCCUGUCGGCGGGCUGGGGCCGGCCGUCCAUCCACGUCGCUGUGGAGCCUCUGGGCCUGCUGCAGUAAUGCCGUAGAGGCUACACGUGUGUGACGUGCGUGUACGGAGUUGUAUGUAUCGCAGUGCGGCGGACAGAGAGGGGGGCUUGCUCGUUGGCAGCAGGGCUAGGUGAAUGGGAAGUUGCCGGAUGGCGCGGAGCGGGUUGUAUCAACAGCAGCGAGGCGCAGGCACGGUGAGGCUGGGGUUGACGGCUUGGCGUGCGCAGCAACUGCGGCCUGUGGCUCGGCAUGGCAUAAUCAGCAUGCCGGAGCCAGCCAGGUACGCGGUGCGGGAGCGCCAUAGGAUGCCGGGAGGCGCACCCCUGUGGAGGCUGCGGGUUGUACCGCCACACUCUGCAUGUGUCUAGAUGUGCUGCUGACUUGCCAGCGGCGUAGAAGACUUGGCGGGCUUAGUGCGCCGCCUUUGGGAAUGCGGUGCUAAGCCGGAUGCUGCUGACGUUGUGACCAUUUGGUUCGGGCAAUGGGGCGUGAAGCUUGUCUCGCGCGGCCUGAAGUGAUGGGCUAGGGAAGUAUGGAUUGGCAGUUCAACGGCGUUUGGGGUCUCACAGGCAGGGACACGCGGGCUGGCAAUGGAGCACGCAGUGCUUUGGGACUGGAAGGACGCUACUAGCACUGGGGUGCAGGGGUGUCCAGGGAAUCAUUGUGUGUGCGGAAGGACUUCGGAUCUCGGCAUCUGCGGUAUAAUAACUGCGGGUGUCCGACUUGCGCCACGGAAUGCUAUGCACUUUGGUGUUACAGGUUACGUGUAGGGGGGUUGCGACGCGAACGCGAACAAGGGGUGCGUGCAGAAAAUGUGGUAAGCGAAAUGUUAAUGUAACCAGGAUCAUCCUUCUGGUUGCUUGCUACUUGUGGGGAGGUGGUUUUCGAGGGGCAAAAAGCUGCGACCUGCUGCACCCUUGUCAUCGGGAGCGCGGGGGCUCGCCUCGGGUGAGUGUCAAGAAAUCGAAUGCGUGUCAUGGGGUCGCCUCGCGAUGAGCCACGACACUCUGCGAU